AUUUCACACUGCUGUCGUCGCCCAUCCGCAAACGCGCUGUCACCUUCUAUCCGCGCCUAAUACCAGUCUGUUCGACGACUUCCUGAGCAGUCUCAUUAGCCUAAACGAACCCGGCAAACCAGUGUCUUACGCAUACCCACACCCACCUCAUCAUCCACCAUGCCGCCCUCCGGACGCAAGGGUAAGACCCGAGUACGACGAGCGCCGGCCACCGAAGCACACGAGGCUUCCGACGUCGACACCCCCGAAGCCAUCACCACUCCAUCCCGCUCCUCGAGAAAGCGUGCAAGAGCGUCGGAGCCCGUCGCUCCUGGAUCUAGGAAUACCAGACGCAAGCUACGAGACACAAGAGCUCUAGAUCGAGAAGACACCGAGGGCACCGAGCCCCAGGAUCACACCGAUACCGAGGCCGAGCCCGUCCUGCCCACCGAGGCGGAGAUUAUCGCGCACCUCAAGGUUGCCGAUCGCCAUGUCAACGCGACGGAAGACUUUGCCAACGAUUUGUUGGAAGGGCAGGAAAACGUGCCGGGCUAUGGAAAGAUUGCCGGUCGGGACUGGGCGUUUAUAAUCCGCAAGGUGGAGAUCAAUAUUGGAAGACCUGAAGCGACCGAGAAGCUGGUGCCGGAGGAAAAUGGUCACCCACCAGGACCUAGCGCGCGGACGGUCGUUGACAUCGAUCUCGGGCCAGAUCGCCAGGUGUCGCGCUCCCAUGCCAUCAUCUCCUAUGACUCCGAGACGAUGCAGUGGUUCAUCAUCGUCAAUGGCCGCAACGGCUUGCGACUCGACAACAACCUUCUGAAGAGAGGGGCCAAGACGUAUCUCCGCAACGGUAGUGUCAUAGAGAUUGCCAGCACCCAAAUGGCAUUCAUCACGACCGCCGGGCAGGAUGGGCAUGGGCCGGUGUGGGACGGCAGCAUUGUUCGACAAGCCCAGAAGUCCUCCGAAGAGGACGAUGAAGGCGAAGAUGACCCUCGCUCCAACAAUCGUGGCCCAGGCCAUCCCACUGGCCGUAGCCAGCUCCAAGACUCAAGUGUUUACGGCAACGCCGACUUCUCCACCCAGCAACGCCGCACACAUCCCCACAGUCAGAACGCCAACCUUCAAGGCGCUCCCGGCACCCCUCUGCGCGUCCAGCAGUACACCCAUAAAUCCUCUCCAGCGGCCAACUACGCUCGGGGCGUGAUGAUGGAGUCAACCGAGAGCAUCGACUACUCCGCCGACAGCGCCAAAGACUUGAAACCUCCGCAUUCCUAUGCCCAGCUGAUUGGCAUGGCCAUUCUCAGCACGCAGGAGCAACAGAUGACGCUCUCCAACAUCUACAAGUGGAUCAUGGCCAACUACGCAUUCUACCGCUUCAACACUGGCGGCUGGCAGAACAGCAUCCGUCACAAUCUCAGUCUCAACAAGGCAUUCACCAAGAUUGCGCGCAGAACGGAUGAGCCUGGCAAGGGUAUGAAGUGGAUGAUCGAGCCAAGCGAGUUUGAGACGUUUGUGCAGCAAGGAAUGAAGGGAUGCCGGAGGCCGAAUCCAUUGGUCGGCACAGGCGCACAGAGCGUGCUGGGCAGCCCAACCAGCCCAAUGCAUCUGAUGAAAGCAGCCGGCGCAGGUGGCGCAGUGAAGCGUGACAACGACACCACGCCACCUCUGAGCGCAUACCCAGGCUAUCCAUCUGCAAAGGAAGCCUACACCCCCGAACGCGGGCCCAAGCGCCAAUUCGAUCCGAACAUGGGAUUGGGCAUGAACGGGGAAGGACAGGGGUACGACUACCUCUCUCGCUCCACGCCGAGGAACGGACUCACCGCCAUUGCCAACGCUGCUGGCUCUCCACCUGCUUUGUAUGUCAAUGACGAGACACGCGUGGGUCCCCUGGACACGCCCUUCCCACUUCGUCCGAUGCAGCGUCUCGCGCCACCAAGCACCCUGCGGCGUCCUAGCGACUUCAUCCAAUUCAGCAGCCCGGCUCCUUUCUGGAAGAUGGAAGGCCUGAUUGGCAGCACACCGUUCAAGCCGUACGAUCUGAGCCCGCUCAAGACGCCGUUCGCAAGCCUUAAGAAGGAAGAUGGCAGCGUCAAUAAGGGCGAGGACGAGUCCGCGGAGAAGGCAGAGAGUCCAGUGGAAAACGAGCAAACCGGGUCGACGAAGCGCGAUGGAAGUCCCGUCAUCCACUCCAGCAGUCCACCUAGGGCCAACAGUUCGGAAGACCCGAUCGACGCCAGUCCGACUCUAUCCAGGCCUGCAACCGCCGUGGCGAAAACUUUGAGCCAGUUGGCUUCCGCCACGAAAGAAGCCGCGAAGCAGGAACAGCCAGCCUCCACCGUCGAUGGCGAUGCGACGCGGCCUGAUUCACGGGACUCGCAAGUGACCACGACCUCGCCCCUCCCUCCAUUGACAUCUGCUCCCGCGAAGCCGAGCGCUGCAUCGACGGGUGUCCCAGAUGUCGCACAACCGACUGCGAACGGCUACACUGCUCCCCUCACCCAGCCGCACACUGGCCCUACGAACAAUAAUUCAUUCGCCUACUCCGCUGCCGCGCACACCAAUGGAUAUCACGACGAUGGAGAAGACGAAGGCAUCGAUCUUGCAAAGGGCUUCCAACCUAUCGGCGCAUUUCACAAGCGUAAUCACCUUUCUAUGGGUAUGGGGAUGGCUCAGGCUUCUGCUUUUGGUCGAUGAGCGCCCUGUGUCUUUUUUUGCUUCGCUUUGAUGUGGAGCGGGAACGAGCGGUUACAAUGUCGCGAGGAGUGCUUUGCGUAUACACAUUGUGUUGGAAGUCGAGC